GUGGCUUAUUUUUUGCGUUUGUGUCUGCUCAUGUGUAAACCGCAGCGAUGAGAUUCAUCUGCGUAUUUGUUGUUUUUCAGCCCAUCCAUCAUAUUAUUGAGAUGUUUUGAUUGAUAACUGUUAAUACGGUUCAUCGAUGAUCGUGAAAUGGACAGUUCUUCAGCGCAAAGCACAGAGAAGGACAGACUGCUGACCUCUGUCACGGGCUACGGGUCCAGUGACCUCAACGGUAGCCCACCGACCCUUGAUGUGUCGGGGUCACAUCAACAGGAGGAAGAGGAGGCCCUGAGGAGGAAGCUGAAGUAUUUCUUCAUGAGUCCAUGCGAUAAAUAUCACGCCAAAGGCCGCAAACCCUUCAAGCUUGUCCUUCAGCUGCUGAAGAUCGUCAUGGUUACCGUACAGCUGGUGAUGUUUGGUCUCAGUAAUCAGAUGGUGGUCGCUUUUAAAGAAGACAACACCGACGCCUUCAAGCAUCUGUUCCUGAAAGACUAUGUGGAUGGUUCCGAGGAACCGUUGUGUGUCCACACGCAGAAAGCCGUUCGUGAGCACAUUGAUUUCGCUCUCGAGCAGUAUCUGGCUCUACCACAGACAUCAGUAGGCAGGUACGCGUAUGUUCCAGGUGUGGGCUUAAACGGCAGCGCCCUCUAUCUGUGCCAGCGGUACUACAGGAGAGGCAGCAUUGACCCAGUCAAUGACACGUUUGACAUUGACCCUAGUGUCAUCACAGAUUGUUUUGGAGUGAAUCCACCUCUAGACGUCUCAUCUCCACAGCAAAAUGACUACAAGAACAUCACCCUCAAAUUCCAAAAAUUGAUUAAUGUUACCAUACAGUUUCGGCUAAAGGCAAUAAACAUUCAGACAAUCAUCAACAAUGAGAUUCCAGACUGUUACACCUUCUCCAUCACGAUUCUGUUUGAUAAUAAGGCUCACAGUGGUAAAAUUAAGCUCAGUUUGCUGAAUGAAGCAUCAAUUAAAGAGUGCCGCGACCCCAAUGUGUCCGGACACGCGGACAGCUAUGCUCGCGUGGGGUUUGAUCUGCUGGUGGCGGUGGUCUGUGGUCUGUCUCUGGUGUUGUGUGGACGCUCCAUCCUCCGAGGAAUCAUCCUGCAAAAUGAGUUUGUGCGAUAUUUCAGACGGUCUCUGGGACGGUCGGUGUGUUGGGGUGACCGUAUGGAGUUUAUUAAUGGCUGGUAUCUGCUCCUCAUCAUCAGUGAUGUGCUCACCAUCAUCGCUUCCUUCAUUAAAAUCGCCAUAGAAACCAAGAAUCUGUCGUCCUAUGAUGUUUGCAGUAUAUUAAUGGGAACCUCUACGCUGCUGGUGUGGGUGGGUGUGAUACGAUACUUCAGCUUCUUUCAGAAAUAUAACAUUCUCAUUGUGACUCUACGAGCUGCGUUUCCAAACGUGAUCAGAUUCUGCUGCUGUGCUGCAGCUAUUUACAUGGGCUACUGCUUCUGCGGCUGGAUCGUCCUGGGACCUUACCAUGCUAAAUUCCGCUCUCUCUCUACAGUGUCCGCGUGUUUGUUUUCUCUGAUAAACGGUGACGAUAUGUUUGCAACGUUCUCUGUGGUGGAGCAAAGUGGGACGCUGGUGUGGGUCUUCAGUCAGGUUUAUCUCUACACCUUCAUCUCUCUCUUCAUCUACAUGGUUCUGUCGCUCUUCAUUGCUCUCAUCACUGGAGCCUACGAUACCAUCACACAACAAACCCAAGACACACCUCAGGUGUCUGAAGUGCACCGAUUCAUCGCUGAAUGUACAGACACGCCAAACUCUGGAAACUUUCGCAGCCCGGAGACAUCAACAUGUUCUCUCUUCUGCUGCUUCAACUAGUGUGUGUGUGUCUGAAAUGUGUCGUUCUGUAUUUCAUUGUUUGUUUCUUUAAAGGGAAGAGCUGAUUUAUCGGCUUAUAUGUCUUCAGCUGACAUGACGGAGCUCUCAGCAUUCAGAGCUUUUUAAGUUUAAAGGUAAAUCAACUCAUGUUUGCACUAGAGCAGCUGAGCUCAUCUGCUCCCUCUACAGGCUGGGAGGAGUAACGGCACACAAUCAUCACAAACAUGUAUUUCAUACACUUGAGUGAAUCCACACAUGUUCACGUCACAAGGAAUGACAUUUUAUUUAGAAAACCAUGAACAUUCACUGAGAGAGUGAAGCCGUUUUCAGUCCCUGUUGCAGGCUUCAGUAGAGUUUUGUCUGUUGAUUUUGGGGCGAAGAUGAGCUGGACCUGUUUUGUGCAGGUUAAGGCUGGAAUACACUAGUCUACAAAACAGAUUUUUAAAAAACUAGACAUCAUACACUUGCAGACUUUUUGAACGUUUGCAUAGAAAACAAUACAUGAUCAAAUCUGCAGAAAAACUCCAGACUGAAAAUCUCAGCAAAAGUCUUGUAGUGUAUUCCAGCCUUUAGUGAGAUUGAUCAGUUUGUUUUUGAUUUUGUGUGUUUAACGUUUGUUUUAGCCGUUAGCUGCUGAUUUUGCACGCAGGAUAUUUCCGUUUUAUUGGCAGAGGAGUGUCAGAUGAUAAACGACAGGAGAGAGAUGAUAAAUGCCACGUUCAAACUAGACACGCACAAUAUGUACCGUCAGUUUCUAUUGUUUUACGUUCUGUUCUUUGUUUGAUCUCUCUCUGUGCUGCUGUGUGUGUUAAAGGCACCACAGCCUGCAGGCUGUUUUUAACUUUAAUAUUAAUGGGAGGGGGCUGAGUUUACUCCUUUAAAGCUUCACACACAAACACAGUUUUUUUAACAGUGUGUUUUCUCUCUACAUUGACACUCAGCUCAGUUCAUGAGAGAAUUCCUGGCGACAGAUCCGAGCAAUCUUUGUGUUUUUUCUCUGAACACCAGACUGAUUUAUUCUCUUCUUGAAUGUCAUAAUGGGGUUUGGAAGCAUUGCUUACACAGAAGGGACCAGACAUCAGAUGAACAAGUGAAAGAAGCAUAAGCUCAGAGUGUCAUAAUAAUAUUCAGAUUAUUAUUGUCUUGUUUAAACCGAUGAUCAGCCUAUUUAAGUGCGCGCGCGUACGAUGAAACUGUCUAUAACUGUAGAAGUCUGAUCAAGUCAUUCUCUCUCUUAUGAUUAAAAGUCUCAGUUCUUUAUGUUUAACAAAGGGAAUUUUUUAACUAAACAAAUUUGUUUUAAAGUUAUUUAUUUCAAGUGUCUGCUGUUUAACUUUGAAUAUGGUUGAUUAUUCAGACAGCUGUUGUAAUGCAAAGAUCUUCAUAAAUACAUACACGUUUUAACAUUCAUUCUUCCAAUUUGUUUAAAUUCACAAAUAAAAUCUAUCUGUGAAUG